AUGGCAACGGACAACAAUCGGCCGAGAAUACAAUAUUCCAAGCUAAAUUCGUCGCGUGACGAAGUGCGCUUCCUGGAAAUCGAGCCAGCGAAUAGCAUUAACGAUCAGGUCGUCUGUCGCCUUGUCACACUGCCUCUUAGCCGCGAUGUCGAAUUCAUCGCCAUAUCCUCGCUGCUAGGCGACCCCACAAACCAAGAGAGGAUCAACCUCAAUCGUGUGGCAAUCCCCGUACCGGUCAACAUCUCCCUCGCCCUCAAGCACGUACGCGCCGUCUUUUACCCUGCAGUCAACAAGUCGAGCCAAGAGAACCUGGGUAAAGACAGGGAGAGGCGAUCGCCGUCUUGGUUGAGGAGUCUGCUCAGACAUUUCGGAGGGAGGGAAGCCCAAGAUCGUCCUAAAUUGAGGGUCUGGAUUGACUGUAUUUGUGUUAACCCUAUGGAUUCGAGGGAGAAUGCAAAGAGUAGAGUCAUCAUGUACCACGUGUACCAGCGUGCACAGAUGGUGGUUGGAUGGGUUGGCUUGAAGGUCCCCCAGACCGAUGCGGGCGUGCAGCUGAUCCAAGCAUUUGACAACGCCAUGCCCGCGACGUGGCAAGAGCCUGGCGAUAAAGAACUCCACCCAGAGAAUUAUUCUCCUCAACAUGAGUGGGCGAUUCCCAUUAUUGAUCUCUUCGACCCUCAAGCAGCUGGUGGUCUUGGGUGUGCAGACUUUCUGGGUCGUGACUUUUUCCAACGUCGCUGGAUCCUGGAAGAGAUGGCCAUGGCGCGCGUACCAACAUUUCUGAUUGGCGAUGCCAUUGUCUCGUGGAACCAAUUACUACGCAUGAACCUCGCUAUGGAGGAGUUUAAAGAUUACCCAUCCAAUGUUUGCCCGGCGUCUACAAGGGCGGUUGUUCACGAAUUCCCACUGGGUACAGUCCAUGCGCUCCUGGAUGAGUUUGAGAAGAGGAAGCAUAUGGCCAAGAUGGAGUCUCUGAACAGUAACUCGGUGACAGGGAGUGUCACGAGUGCAGAUUCAACGAAUUACCAGGAUUGGAAUCCUAAGUGA